AUGGAAAAUGAGACGGACUACGCCAUUAUUUACAAGAAGUACUCCACUGCUCUGCUGGCCAGUAACGUCCUGACACUGGUCGGAGCAGCAGUUGGAAUAAUCGGAAACAUUAUCAUCAUCGGGUUUUAUCAUUUCAGAAUCAAGGAUAAAUCCGAGCGCUACUUCAUUCCGGCUCUAGCGGCCGUGGACUUCUUGGCAUGCAUCAUCAACGCCUAUGGAAACACUGUCUUAAAUGACAACAUGUUUAAUUUUACGGAACACUUCCAUUGCCAGGUGAUCUGGUUUCUUGAAUUGUUCAUUUCUGGGUUCUCGGGCCACAUGGUUUUGAUCAUUGCUCUUCAGCGAUACCUUUUGAUCUGUAAACCUUUCGGACCUCACAUGACACUGCGUCGGAAGCGAGCGGCAUUACUGGUGACCUUUCUGCUCACCGUUCUGUACGCUUCGCCAUCUUGGGCAAUGUCCGGAAUAAAAACCGAAAAGCGGGUGUAUAUGUCAAAGAAUAUAACAACAACGAUGUGUGUAUUUGUUGUUGAUUAUACCAGCAGCGCUAUUGCAUACAGUGGUAUUCUCCUGUUUCUGACAGUGGCUAACGCUAUAGUUUGUAUAUCCUUGUACCUUCCCAUCAUUCGAGUCAUCCGUCGUUCGUUCUCCACCCACAAAACGUGUUCGACCAUUAUUCCUUUCUGUGGGGCAUUUGAGGACUCAGGCUUUGAAAAUGAAAACAGCGUCAGCUCAACAUAUCGCGGGAAGCAACAAAUAUUCAUGAACGACAUCUUAAGAGAGUUACAAACAGACGAUGCACAAUGUACACUGGGAGUAUCGCGGACGGAUUUAAUAAGUUUGGAUGACGAACGCUGCGAAUGUGGUAUUCAGAAUGCUCUCUCGGUUCAAACGGAUGGCGGAAUACUUAAAGACGAAGAUACAACAGACAAGACAAAUGUUUCUGUGAUUGAAAUUAAAAAAGAUAGCAGGACAGUCAACCAAGAAAAUGAAAACGAACGUAUUUCUAUUUAUAGUGACACAAACGGGAUUUCUGAAAUGUGUGAUUCGUUAGAUAAUGAAACUCAAACCAGUGCAAUGGGUGAUCCAAACCAAAAACGGACUCCAGAAAACCAAUCAGAAACGAAUAUUACUUCAACAGUCACUAGUAAAGACAAUGAAACAGAUUCUGGCGCUGAUGGCAUUGCAAAACGCAUCCGAGAAAAUUCGGAAUAUCAUGACGGAACAAUAUCAGAUAAAAGCAACGACUACCGGAAAACAUUCUCCACAUCCACUUCCAAAGAAACCAGAGCAUCGCCGAUGAAAGUUCGACUUUUUCGAACAUCUUCAAAACUGGAGAGAAUGAAGGCAACCAUGAACAUUAUGUUCAUGACCAUCAUAAUCGUCUACGUCAUUUCCUAUAUACCGUCUCUCGUGAUAUUGAUUCUACGGUACUCCAAACCGGAUUUUGACUACCUGGAUUUUACGGAGUCGGAGUAUUUCGUUUGGUUUUUCUUUUCACGAUUUGUGUUCAUAAACCACAUCAUUAAUCCCUUUAUAUACGGGUAUUUUGAUGUCAAGCUAAAAAGAGAAUUUGUCAGAAGUGUUCGAUGUUGCUUACGAAAUAACAAUGAAAUGAAAUAA